GUGAGCUGUGAUUGGUAACAGCUUGUCACAUGGUAUAAGGCUGUUGUGAAUAGCGUUGUACCAUGUGAGCUCUGUGAUUAUUCACAGAUUUCACAAGUAGUAAGCAAUGAUUUCAGAAGUGAUAUUUUGCUUGCUACUAUUAUGUGAUCACUGAUUGGCCAAUCAGUGAUCACAUGAUUGGGACCUCACACAGAGGUCCCGUACAGCGAUCGGAUUGCGAGAGGUCCCGUGCGACAAUCCAGCAGGCACUGGAUUGCGGUGCUGCGUGCUCCCAGGGAGCGCGCACAAGCAGGGAGCGGGGAGGCCGUUUCUAA